AGGAGGAGGAGGCGCAGGAGGAGAAAGUGAAAGGGGAGGAGCGCGUGCGUGCGGGAGGGACGCAGGCGAUGUGGUUGCGCGUGUUGGGCAGAGCGCGCACACUGAUCGGGAUCCAGAGUGGGAGCGGACACCGGGUGCACUUUGUCGCACAUGGCGGUGGAGUGGAGCGUAAGUUAAAGAGCUCCGGAGCGCGCUGGGACAGAGCCGUGGUGCGCCGAGCAGCAGCCGGCUUUAAUGCCCCUGCGCACCGGAGGCGGACAGGAAAGAGUGAGGAAGAAGAAGAAGCGAGGAGGCCGGGACACCACCCCUGGAGGUCCGUGCACUCUCCCCUCCUGGCCCUGUAUGGACGGGGAUGGGGAGAGCCGGCUGCCGGUGCAGCGGGGCUGAGCGCCUCGCCUCCCCGCCUGCGGUGCGCCGCUGUCGGCCACUGCUGCUGCUGAUCGUCGCUCUCUGCAGCGGUCCGCACAGAGGCCUGGCUCAGGUGGCCGCACCUCAGUGCCGUAUCCAGAGGUGCAGCUCGGAUUUUGUCUCCUUGACUUCCCACCUGACACCAGCCGUGGAUGGCUUCCACACAGAAUUUUGCAAAGCUCUGCGUUCGUACUCGGCCUGCACUCAGAGGACAGCUAAAUCGUGCCGGGGAGAGUUGGUCUUUCACUCGGCUGUGCUGGGCAUCUCUGACCUUAUGAUCCAGAGGAAUUGUUCUAGAGAUGGACCCACUUCCUCCACGCACCCGGAGAUCCACCAUGAGCCCUGCAACUACCACAGUCGCACCCAGCAUGCUCGUGCACACGCCCACAUACGCACACACUCUCACAGCCACCCACGUCCUGGGUACCUGUUCUGUGGGCUGUUUGGGGACCCACACCUGAGGACAUUUAAGGACAGUUUCCAGACUUGUAAGGUGGAGGGGGCUUGGCCCCUCAUCGAUAAUGACUAUCUGUCUGUGCAGGUCACAAAUGUUCCCGUAGUAACCGGCUCCAGCGCUACAGCAACCAAUAAGAUCACCAUCAUCUUUAAGCCUUAUGAGGGCUGUACAGACCAGCGGGUCUACCAGGCCGUCACAGACAACCUUCCUGCAGCCUUUGAUGACGGCACAGUUAGCAGCGGCGACCCUAUCCAUAUUUCUUCCGGUGCAGAUGGUGGAACUGGGAAAGUUCGGGCGCUGUGGAUCUCUGAGCGCAGCCCAGGACGCCACAUUGAGCUGCAUGCCGGCUACAUUGGUGUAACCGUAAUUGUGCGUCAGCUGGGCCAUUACCUGACCCUGGCAGUGCGGAUCCCAGAGGACCUAGCUCAGGCCUUUGAUGCCACCCAGGACCUGCAGCUCUGUCUGAAUGGCUGUCCCACCGGAGAACGCAUCGACCAGGGAGGUCAUUUGCCGCUGCCUCUCUCCCCGCCGGCGCUUGGCCUACAGCUUCAGCAGCUGCGUCGGCCUGCCCAGUUCUCACAAGCACGAGCAUCCCCCUACAGCACCUCGCAGGUUUUCGGUGUGGAGGGGGCAAGGGAACAAUGCCGGGAGCAGCUAGAGGUGCAGGACAUUUACUUCCACUCCUGUGUGUUUGAUCUCUUGACCACUGGGGAUGCUAACUUCACAGUGGCAGCGUACAGCGCCCAGAAGGACAUGGAGAGUCUUCACCCGCACCGGGACAGAUGGAGGAUCUACCCGCGCGGCUCUGCUGCCGCCACCUCAGACCCUGGUUCAUGGCUUAUCAAACGCCUUGCUGUGCUUGCACUGUGUGCAGUGAGUGUAGCGGUGAUGUAACACCUGGUGCAUAACAGAGAGUCUGCAAGUGUUGACAUGCAUGUAGGAGUUUGUAUGUCUGUGCACUAGAAUGUGAGAUUUGGGAGUGUUGUUGAGCACUGAUUCCUCUCCCAUGCAUCCAGAAACUGGCAGGCUGGGAAAACUUGGAGGUUUUUUUUCCCCCCCUCUUUUUCAAAGCAGAGGUGGAAACUCCCCCUACAAACUAACUAUCUUACUGCAUGGCAGAACCAACCACCUGCAGAAAACCACCUGAGAUGUUCCGACAACAGCUUCAGUGUUGUCACACUGGGAGAGAUGUUCCCGUGUGGGUGUGAGUCACACACUGUGUCACUCCACACUGUGUGGACACUCCACACUGUAAAUAGAUUUGUCUUCAGUGCACAGUGUCAUAGUGUAAAGUUUGAAUAUUUUUGUGCUGUUUGGUGUAAGUUUUACCUCAGAGAGAGGGUGUUUGUUUUUAUCAGAAGCACUUUAUUUUAAUUAUUCUGUCAAAUCCACAUCAGUGUUUCUGUCUCACUCACUGUCUUUUCCUAAAAUUUCCAUAAUCUACUCAAAAGAUGUUUGAUUCUGUCAGUACAAUCCAAAGAAAUGCAGGGUUUCUUUGUUUUUGGCUCAGACAUUCUUUCAGUGGCGGAGUUGACUCGGUGUUUGACUUUUAUUUCGUUAAUGUGAGUGGUUCUCUUGUGAAUGUAUUAUGACUAUUGUCAGUGGUACUAUUUUGUUGCAGUAUGAAUUUCUUAUUUCUCAAUUCUGAUUUCAACUGCCUCUGGUGUUGUGCUUGCUUUAGUUCCUGUUAGAAUUGUCGCUUUUUUAAAGCCUGGUUUUUGUGACUAUACCGGCUAUGUUGAUUUGAGCCAAAGAUACGGUGGCUGAGAGAGGCCAUAACAGUUCCAAAUAAAGACUACACUAGCAAAUGCAG